ACUACAUUACACCGACGUGUAACAGUCGAUUCUUAAUUCCCUUCUAAUUAUACGUCUCCUGAACUUUCUUCCAAUCUCCUUUCCUCUCUAUCGUUCGUCGCGUGUCUUUAUCUUUUCUGUCUCGUCUUUCUUUCAAUUCCUAGCUUCGUUCGAUUCCAACUUUGAACACCUUUGCAUAGACAUGCGAUAAUACGAUGUACCUAUGUUAUUCUUCGACUUGAACGUGUCUCUCUUCUUUCCACAAAGCGAUCCUAAUAAUAAAUAUAGCCAUCUUAUUCGAAUAGAAAUAGAGUACACUGGGAAACAGAGGAAACAUUGUGAUGUAAAUGAGAAAUUAUCGAAAACAACAGUUCUUUAUUAAAGGUAAUAAUCGAGUCGAACGAUUAAGCAAAAUACUUAAAUGCCGCGAUUUGGAAGUACUAAGGGAGGAACAGGCAAAGUAAUGGAAAGAAUGGAAAAUUAUGACUGAAUCGAAGGGGUGAAGGGAGAGAGGGAGCAAGUGCCUGCAAAAUGGAUAGUGAUACAAAAUCGAAAGACAGAAAAAGACAAAGGAAGGGAAAGGAAGCAUAUCGUAUUAUUCGUUACUUACGACCCAAAUUUACAACAGGGCUUAACGGUGCAAACGAAAAACGUAUGCGAGGUGAUUGCUUAAUUCGGUGUCUGAAGAUUCGAUUCAUCGAGCGAGCCAGUUUCGUUUAAUCUUGAUUUCGGUGCACGUAUUAACGUUGAUCGAGGAAUAUCAACAGAACUUUAUUUACACACGUAUGUAUGUGCGUGCAUACGAACAUACCGUAUAACAUACCUAUAUACUUUGUUAUAUCGCUCGGUUGACCCACCUUUUCAUUUCCUUUAGAUUUUCUGCUAGCACUUUCAAACGCGCUACUAGAAACGCUGAACGCGCUGUGUGUACAUAUAUAUAUAUAUAUACAUACAUACAUACGUGUAAGAUGCAUACGCGCGCGCUUAAGCGUAGGCAAAGAGCCCAUGAUAAAGAUGAUUUACAGAGUAGAUUAAUUGAAAUAGGGGUUUACAUUUCUUACGCCUAGUCGAAUGCGAACAAAAUAGAUCCUUGUUAGAUAAAUGAUAACGCGAACACGUGUACACUUUGUUGUUUUCACACUAUGCACAUAUGCGGUCUAUGUACGGUUUAUCAACGCCAGACAAUUGCGAUAUCGUGAAAGAAGAGAAUCGAUCUUUUCGUAAUUUCCUGUCGAUAAAAAUGAACAUACCAAUGAUCCUCCGUUACCGUUACGAUUACGGAAUUACGCUUACGAUUACGAUUUCGGGAAUGUUAACAUACGCUGAACACGUUUCGCGGUUGCUGCGUGAUUGCGACUAUUGCUAUACGAUGCCCUACAUCGCCGUUCGACGCGUACCGUGCAUACAAAGAUAUCGCAUGUUUAUGUGUUCAUACGAUGUUACACAGAUAACGGGAAUCUUUUUAAUUCACGAUUCUUCCUACGUUAGAUCCGAUGUGAAAACGCAUGCCUCAGGAUUCAUUGAUUCUCUUUUUUUUUUUUUCUCUCCUACGAUAUCUCGUCCCGUUUUAAGAGUACGCAAGAGAAGAGAAGAGAUGGAAAGAAAAAGAAGCAUACUGGCACUGGUUGGACUAAUUCUAUUUCUCAAGUCUUCGAAUACCGAAAGCGGUAGCAGCGGUGGCAACGGCAACAGCUAUAACGGACACUUAUUUUCUCACCACCAUCGACAGAAGAGACUGCUUUGGAUAACUAACGAUGGUCGAAUAGCUUUACCACCAGGCACGAUUAUGACGAUAACUCCAACAUUGGCGUUACCCUUUGUCAGAUACCCUCCCUAUGGUUUUCUUAGCAACAUGACUGUUAGCCUUCCCUUUACCAUCGAUUUCGACAAACUGGGUUUAACCGAUAACGAAAACCCUUACGGCGCUUUACCAUCGGCGUUUGACACUACUGCAAGGGAUCAGGGAUCGAAUGCCGCAGAAUUUAUCGCGACAUUCGUAAAACGUGGAAUCAGCAAAAGAGAAGCACUCGCAGAUUUGCCAAAGAACGCACUUUACGGAGGUGAAAGAGCUCUUUUGUAUGGUACCGCUGAGGAUAUGCUCGCAAAUUUCGGUUUAAAUGGAAAGGCCUGUCUAUUAAGGGCAAUCUGUGAAGUGCAGGGGCAUCCCCUAAGCAAUUUCGGCUUAAUCGGGGAAAUGCUCAAACUCUUUUUCACUGCUAGCAAAUCACCAUUUUCGAACCUUUUAAAAGAAUAUGUUGAAGCUGAAAAUAGAGGCAAGUUUCAUGGGGAAUGUUGGCCUUACUUCAAAGAUUGUCCAAAAUCGUUAUUCCGCUUAUCAGAGAAUAAAUAUACGAAAGAUGCCUUCCACGAAGAUGCUACAACUGACGAAUCAGAUGAGAUAGAAAAGAAAAAUCGAUACUUUCCUUCGAUCCAGUCAAUGGAUCGAGCAACAAAGAGAGAAACUCAGUUUUCUCGAAAUUUGAAACGUGCGAUACACCCGUUAAUGUAAAUAAAGUCACUCGAAGCUUAGUCUAGAUACAUGCAUAUAGUAUGUAUAUUCCCAAGUCGAAAAAAGGUAUGACACGAAUCAACUAUUGUAUGUAUAUGUAUACUUAACUUACUUACGCGCAUCUUUCCUUUCCUUCGAAAUAUUUUUCUUUACUAGGCUUGGCUUUAAAGCCAGAUCGAAGUCGAUUUUGACCAACACCCACUUAUUACUCCUUCAAUUUCACGAUCGUAAACUGAAAAAAGCUGCGCUUUCUCGACUUGAUGGAAAAUCAAAUAUGUAAUUGCAUUUUACGCUUUAUCGGCCCCCCAUUGUGAGGCAUACGUCGCAUGUGCGCAUGGCACGUGCACGAUCUUUCAUCGCCAUAUUAUAUUUAGUAAUUUAUUUGGUGUUCGUAUCGUCCUAGAUCAUAAUAAAAAUACGGUAGAAAAGUACCUUUCAGUCGUUUUAAAUUACACAACAAUUGCGAUUUCGAUCAUUUUUUAUUGUAUCGAUGUGCGUUCGAACGAAUACACGUAUGUAUGUAUGUAUGUAUAGUGUAUAUAUACUCUUAUUUCUCGUCAUCUUCUCUGUAUAAUGUUCCGUAUUCAAUUUUCUUGUACGUGUAUAUACAUGUACGCGUAUUAAAAUUUCAACGUGUAAUCAACUACACAAAUUUAUCUAUCUAAAACACAAUCAGGCCAAUUCUAUAACAGAAUAUUGCAGUGAAUGAAAAUCUUCUUAUUACUAUAUUUGUCGUUAGAUAUGUAUACCUUGUAAGAGUAAUUAACAGUUUUAAUAGUAUGCGCGACGAGCAAAACUAAAAUUGUUUCACAUAGUAUAAAUAUUUGUCAGCUAGCAAUAGAUAAAACGAUAAGAAGAAUAAAAUAAUGUAUAAUAAGAAAAUUAAAAAUUAGAAAAUUAUUAUUAAAGGAUAAAAAACAUAGAAAAUUGGAAAUAAAUAAACAUUAAAUCGCAGCUAUUCAAAAGUAUACUCGACGUUAUGCGACAUGUGCGUAAUUUAUACUAAAUUCUGGUACUGAUAAUACAUAUAUUGUAGAUAAGUUGUAUUUCCAAUAUCGAAUAUGUGAUAACAGUUACGUACGUAGCAAUCAUACUUACACAUUAUUGCUUACCAAUUAUUUAUUACGUUACAUUUCCAUUUAUCGCCAUCUAUAAUAAAAUCUUGCGAAAUUUUACUGUAUUUUACUAUAUUUUACUAUAUUUUAGUACCUCGUAUGAAUUUGUUAUGGUUCUAAUUAUCAAGUUGUGAUAUUUUGAAACACGCUGGAGGUACAUCAUAAAAAUAUAGCGUAUUAUGAUCUUGCUCUUUUUUCGUAUACCUUUUUAUUAAUAUUUAUAGUGAAAGUACAUUUAUAAUUGAAACUACUUAUUUACUUAAGUUGUACUUACUCUUACUACUUAUUUACGUAAUAUUUAUUUUUGUCCGGCUGUGUAAACUUAACCUCUAAAUUUUCAACUGUAUUUUUAUUAUUACAUUAUUCUUAUAAGAUAGUAUGGCUUGUGAAGCUUGUAACGUAAAAUUCAGCUUCUUCACACGCAAG